AUGACCUCUGACCCCGCAGGUGCCUGGGAAGCUGCGACCACUGUGUGCGAGUCGGACCCUCUGUGUGACCCCGCCGUCCUCGUCUCCUCCGUCAGCGCAGAGCCACACGUUCGUAACCGGCGCCUGUCUCCCGGGUCAGGGAGGGGAGGCGGAGGAGGAGGAGGGGGCUGCAUCCAGGAGGCCUCACACCAGCCAGCAGCCAGAGUAACGCCACGACAGACUUCCCCCUCGGACGACGGUCAGGGCCCCGCGCUGCGCAAGGACAAGGAGCGUAAGGCGCAGAAAGGCAGGAGCUCGCGCAGAGAGAGCCACAAGGCCAAGGAGCGGAGGGCGUCCCAGAAGGAGCGCUGCUGGGUGGAGGACAGUCUGUCUCUGCUCAAGCCUCCUCCAGCCUUCCCCGUCCAGGACAGUCCCGCCAAGCUGCAGCCCGCGGUCAGCUACGCAUCCAAGGUCAAGGCGCGCUCAGCCGCCGGGGACAGCGGCGCCCUGGAGGAGGAGCGUCCGGCCAUCGGCGUCCUGCUGCAGAACCAAUGGGGACUGAGCUUCAUCAGCGAAGCCCGAGCCGCCUCAGACAGUUCCGGGUCGCCCAGCCCCAAGGCCGACUGCUCAGAGUGCCCUUCCCCAAAGACCGAGGUCGAUCCCCGCGUGGAGGAGCCGCUGCACGAGCCAGUCCCCAGUCCCGCCGCCUCCCCUCCCGCCUCAGACACACUUCCCCCACAGGAAGACCACAACAACAGCAAGCUCCUCCUCAGCUGUCGCCACCUGGUGGAGGCUUUCAGCUAUCACAGUCGAGAAUGGAACACUAUAUGCAGCAGAGAGAAAAAAGAUCCCUCCAGAGUGGUCUGGUACAACGGUCUUCAGGAAAACCCGGCUUAA